CUCCAGCACUGCUCGUGGUUCACUGAAAAGAAAUCUUUAGCUAUUUAACGUGUUACAGCUUUUUUACGUAUUUUACCUCAUAACUAUAUUAUUAUUUUUAUUUAUUGUUUUUACGGUGUUUUCAGAGCUUUUCUAUGUCUCUGUAAAAUGACCACAGUGUUUAGUGAAGGUUACAGCCGCCCCCUUUGAUGAGGGUCAUCCAGAAGGCUCUCCGUGGUAAAGAUGGCCAGACAGUGGCUGCUGGACUCGCUGAAUUUCAGCACCCUGCUCGCUUGCACCGUGCUCAAACUGCCCCAGAUCGCUUUGUUAACCCGGACCAAGUCGCCUAAAGGUAUCAGUGUGAGAGGACUAAUCCUGGAGCUUUCAGGAUAUAUUGUAUUUACCACAUAUGAGAUGUAUCAUGAAUAUCCAUUUGCAACUUACUUGGAGUACCCUGUCCUCAUAGCUCAAGACACUGUCCUCUUCCUGCUGAUCCUCCACUACAGUGGUAACCUGAGACAGAGCCUCAUCUUCAGCCUCAUUUUUGUUGGAGGGUCCCAGCUCCUCACGCUAAAGAGCUGGAUUAUUGACUCGGCAAUGAGCCUGUGUACAUUCAUUAGUGCGAGCAGCAGGUUCGCUCAGUUGCAGUGUCUGUGGCAAACUAAGGAUGCAGGUCAAGUCAGCGCUCUCACCUGGGCCAUGUCCACUUACACCUGUAUGGCCAGAAUAUUGACUACUGUUCUCACCUCUGGGGAUUUGAAAGUCCUGUUGCGGUUCGUUGUCAUGACAACACUCAACGGCUGGGUCCUGGCCACUGUGGUCUUCUACAAGCAGAAUGGCCAAAAGCUGAAAUGAGAAAUGAGCUCCUGGGCUGCUGCUAUGGCGACAAAGUGAACGCUGACCUUCACACUGCCACUCACUGACCAACCUGUGACCAAGCUGAGGGGAACGAGAGCAGCUUUCAUUCACCCAGGGGUCAAAAACUAUUACUGUUCUUAAGCUCUGAACUUUAGAACUAGACAGAGUCACACUGUAUACUAUUAUUACCAUUGCAAAUGUGCAACACUUACGCAUCCAUUAUUUCUCUGCAAUACACGCACAGUUUAACCGUACAACUAACUACUCAAAAGUUUGGGAACACAUAUCAUCUUGAAAUGUUUUACUACAAAUAAGCAUGUUUUCUUUGUGGGUUUGCAAUGUGGGUUUAUUUGGAGGAAAACAAUAUGGCAGGUAAAUAUUUGUGACUAACUAAAUAAACAAGUAACCUAUACAUUCAUCAUACUUUCUUUGUAUAUUAAGAAUACCUGGAAAAACAGUGAGUAAUAGCUGCUAGAGGAGUAUACUUAAGGGAAUGUGUCAUUUUUAAAAUUGCAUUUUAUUAUUUUUUUGUUUUUUAAUUAUUGUAACAAACAUUGCCAGAUGAUAUUGUUUUCCAAAAAAUAAACUGGUUUUAUAUAUGUCAAAGAAUACAGACAGUCAUUUUCAUUUAUUUCCAGUCGAAACAGGCAUUAAGUACAAGUUAUUUCUCUUACAGCAUCGGGAAAAAUGCAGAAAACCAACACUUUUUGCAUUUAUUACAACAUCUGUUCUUUUCAGGAGACUUGCUUUCAGUUUUUCAAAGAAAUCUACAGGGAGAUUUUUCCACACCUCCAAAGUUCAGUGUGCGGUUAGUUGCAUUUUAUGUAAGUAUACCAGUUAUAAAUUUACACACAUCAGUCCAUACAAGCUUACUCCACAUCUCAAAUGUACAGUUUCAGUGUUCUAGUGCACAUUGUCCUCAGCAGCAGCUCCCUUUUUUAAGAUCUAAAGCAAGAGAGGAGCUUGAUUUUCUGGUGUUUCUCC